GCCGGACCGGGUCGGGGCGCAGUUCGCGGGUCGCCUGCCAGGUCCUGCUCGUGCUUCCUAGGCGGUGACCUGAGGUCAGGUCAGGGCAACUGGCAGCAUGGGCGACGAGGGGAACGUGAUGCGCCUGCUCCUGGAGAUGAUGACGUACCUGGAAGACAAGCCCGACCCGGCCGAGAGCUGCGAACCCGGCGUCCUUGACGGCCCGGCGGCCGACGCGGCGGCGCCCUACGCCGCCGACGACUACGAGCCGCCGCGGCGCUGGCAGGCCGCAGCCCGGAGCCGGCCGCGCGACGAGCGGCGUCGGGUACUGAGGCUCGCCACCGAGAAGCUCGCCGCCAUCGAGGAAAACGAGCGCUGCCUGCGCUGGGAGAAGGACCUGCGUCAAGCCACGCUGCUGCAAAACAUGGCAGCGCGACUGGAGACCGAGGCGCGCGCUGAGCGGGCGGCGCGCGUGGCGCGCUCUCGCGGCGCCCGCUCCUACUCGCGCACGCUGGGUCGCUCGCUGGGUGGCGCGCACGACACCUGCGGCCAGCGCCGCCGCCGCCGGCGCGACGAGGGCCGCCUGCUGGAGGCGGACGUGCAGGAGAUGUUCAGUGACAUUUACCACCCGCCGGCGCCGGCGCUGAUCGGGCGUGACGGCGGCGAGUCGCCGACCAAGCGACCGCGGCUCGGCUGGGAGAACGCCGACCCGAACGCCGCGCCGCAGGAGCAGGUGCGGUUCGGCGACGAGCCCCCACUCGGUUGCGCUGCCGCCGCCGGCUUCGCCGACUUCCAGCACGUGUUCCAUCACCUGGUGCCGUCCCUCGAGUCGUAG